CCCGCCCCGCGGUCCGCCGCUCCCCCGCGCCCCGUUUCCCCCUCGGAGUUGGGUUCCAGAGGGCGGUCGGGGGCGGGGCGGGGGGCGGGGCGCCGCCGGCGGGGCGCGCCAAUGGCGGGCGGCGGCGGCGGCGGUCGCCAGGGGCGCCCGCGUCCGUCAGGGCGCGGGGAGCCAAUGGUGUGCGGCGGCGGGGCGGGGCGGCCGCGCGUGCCUUCGCAGUGGGCCCCGCCGCGCGGGCCGGGGGGGCGCGGGCGCCGCGCGGCGCCCGAGGCGAAAAAGUAGCUGUCAAAUGCGCGGCGCCUUUAACCGGCGCGAUCAGUGCGGCUCGGCGAGUCAUGGCGACCGCAGCCUCCAACCACUACAGCCUGCUCGCCUCCGGCUCCCCCAUGGUGCACGCCGAGCCGCCCGGCGGCAUGCAGCCCGGCGGCGGCUACCGCGACGCCGGCGCCCUGGUGCAGGCGGACUACGCGCUGCAGAGCAACGGGCACCCGCUGAGCCACGCUCACCAGUGGAUCGCGGCGCUGUCCCACGGCGGCCCCGGCGGCGGCGGCGGCGGCGGCGGCGGCGGCGGGGGCGGCGGCGGCGGCGGCGGCGGCGGCGCCCCUGGUCGGCUGGGCGCGCUGGGCCAGCCCGACAUCAAGCCGGCGGUGGUGCAGGCGGGCGGGCGCGGCGACGAGCUCCGCCGCCGCCGCCGCCGCCGCCGCAGCAACCGCCGCCGGUGGCGGGCGCCGCACCUGGUGCACCACGGCGGCGGCGGCGGGCACCACGCGGCGGCGGCGGCGGCGGCGGCGGCGGCGGCGGCGUGGCGGGCGGGCGGCGCGGCGCACCUGCCGCCCGGCAUGGCCGCGGCCAACGGCGCGCAGGCGGGGCUGCUCUACUCCCAGCCGCACGGCUUCACCGUCAACGGCAUGCUGGGCGCCGCGCAGCCGGCGCUGCACCACCACGGCCUGCGCGACGCCCACGAGGAGCCGCCGCCGGGGCCGCCCGGGCCGCCGCCGCACCACGGCCCCGAGCACCCGCCGCCGCCCCACGGCCCCCACCCCGGGGCGGCCGGGCCGCCGCCCGCCGCCGCCGCCGGGGCCGCCGGGCCGCCCGGGCCGCCGCCGCACCACGACCCGCACUCGGACGAGGACACGCCGACCUCGGACGACCUGGAGCAGUUCGCCAAGCAGUUCAAGCAGCGGCGCAUCAAACUGGGAUUUACCCAAGCGGACGUGGGGCUGGCGCUGGGCACCCUCUACGGCAACGUCUUCUCGCAGACCACCAUCUGCCGCUUCGAGGCCCUGCAGCUCAGCUUCAAGAACAUGUGCAAGCUGAAGCCUUUGUUGAACAAGUGGUUGGAGGAGGCGGACUCCUCCUCGGGCAGCCCCACCAGCAUAGACAAGAUCGCGGCGCAGGGCCGCAAGCGGAAAAAGCGCACCUCCAUCGAGGUGAGCGUCAAGGGCGCGCUGGAGAGCCACUUCCUCAAGUGCCCCAAGCCCUCCGCCCAGGAGAUCACCUCGCUCGCGGACAGCCUACAGCUGGAGAAGGAGGUGGUGAGAGUGUGGUUUUGUAACAGGAGACAGAAAGAGAAGCGCAUGACUCCCCCGGGAGGGACGCUGCCGGGCGCCGAGGACGUGUACGGGGCCAGCAGGGACACGCCGCCGCACCACGGGGUGCAGACCCCCGUGCAGUGAACUCGCGGCGGGGGCGCCCGGCCCCUCCUCCUCCUCCUCCUCCUCCUCCUCCUCCUCCUCCUCCUCCUCUCCUUCCCCCAACUUUUGAUUGUCCUCCUUUUUUUCUUUUUUGUUUUUCUUUUUUUUAUUAU